AUGCCAACUGUUGGCAUUGUCAUUCCUGCCGCUGGCAGAGGCACGCGUGCAGGAGUUGGCUGUCAGAAAGCAUACCGCCGCAUCGCAGGUGAUACUGUGAUAAAUCGCGUCAUUAAGCUUUUUCGGUCAUGGAGCUGCAAUUGCCCUAUUGUGGUUGUUCACCACCCUGAUGACACUGCUCUGCUAGAGGCCUGCAUCGACCGCGACCAAAAUAUCUAUACUACCGUUGGUGGUAAUGAGCGACAGGCGUCAGUGCUGGAGGGUCUUCGCUUUCUUUCCACACUUACCGGUCAUCCUUCGCAUGUUUUCAUACACGAUGCAGCCCGUCCAUUCGCGCCACAUGAGCUACUGAGUAGGGUUCUUGAAUCUAUCAUGAAGGAGCCUGCCGUAGGUGUCAUUCCAGCCAUAGCGGUAUCUGAUACCCUCAAAAAGACCGAUUCAAACGGCCUGAUCUCAGCGACAAUCCCGCGAGAUGGUCUUUUUCGUGCGCAAACGCCUCAGGCAUUCGAACUACAAGCUAUACUCGCAGUCCACGAGCGUGCUGCCACGUCUACAACAGAAUACACAGAUGAUGCGUCCCUUUUCGAAGAAGCGGGGCUACCUGUUCGCAUUGUAACAGGAGAUGCUCAAAACAUAAAGUUGACCUACCCAGAGGACUUUGAGGAAGCCGAUCGAUAUUUGCGACUCAACAGCGCCCAUGCAAACAGUGUACCGGAUAUUCGAGUUGGCCAUGGCUAUGACACGCAUCGACUGGUACCGGGGGAGGAAAUUAUUCUUUGUGGCGUAAAAAUACCACACAAGUCGUCGCUCCUGGGUCAUUCGGAUGCCGACGUCGGUCUACAUGCACUUACAAACGCUUUCCUCGGCACCAUCGCAGCCGACGACAUUGGCAGUCAUUUUUCUCCCGCUGACCCUCAGUGGAAAGGAGCAUCGUCCGAUAUGUUUCUACGCCAUGCCGCCAAGCUCGUUGUUGAGGCGGGUGGCACAAUCACACAUUGUGAUGUGAGUUUUGUCUGCGAGAAACCGCGGAUUAGCAUCCACCGUGAUGCAAUGCGCGAUUCCGUUGCUCGGAUAGUUGGACUUGACAGGGCUCGUGUUUCCGUGAAAGCAGGGACGAACGAGAAAAAUGGAUUUGUGGGGCGUGAAGAGGGGAUGGUUGCUUUUGCUACAGCCACGGCUGUUUUUGCCAAUGACGUUCGAAGCUGA